UCAGCAAAUCAACAUAAUGUCCUAGAGUGAGCCAGGCACAAGAGCAGUGUUACCCUCCUCUCAUGCUGUAAUACCACUUGGAUGCUGGAAAUUCAACACCCUUUAAGCAGCAAUCAUUGAACGCAACAUGAAUGGAGUAAAAGAGAUGAGAUCUUAGAGGACACAGGCUAAAUAACAUGGAGGCCGAACAGGGCUACCUGACGGGGGCAAAAGGAGCACAGAGGACUGAAAAAGUAUGUACACGAGAAGAGAAGAAAAGGAGGAAGACGUCUGGGCUGGUUGAGGACAGUGGCAGCAGUCAGCAGAGAUACCCUACCCUCUCAUCAGCAUCCAGCAGCUCAUAUGAUGACCGCAGCUCGGCAGCCAGCGGCCUGGAUGUGGCCGACCGGCUCACCUACCUGGAGCAGAGGAUGCAGAUGCAGGAGGAUGAGAUCCAGCUGCUGAAGCUGGCGCUGGCUGAUGUCCUCAAGAGGCUCAGCAUUACUGAUGAGCAACCAGCUGCGUCUGCAGCAGCUGCAGGAAGGAGAACACCAGGCACCAAAGCCAGGCCUGUCUCCCUGGCUCUGCCCCCCAGAAUCUCCAUGGUGACGUCCAGUGCGGCUUCCCUCAAAAAGAGCUCAACAGUGCCCUCCAGCUCUAAAGCCAGGAAUUACAGCCCAGCGCCACCACUAAGUGGUGUGAAGAGCCCACCAGGCAGCGUGAAGGACAGUCCAUGUAAGACCACUAAAACACGACCCACGUCUGCAGCCUCAGUCUUCAAGAAAGUUCCAGAAGGAAGCAACGAGUCCAACGAGCCUGCUCCAAGUGUAGGAACAAGGCGCGUGACACACUGCAAAGUGACUAUGCAGAUCUAUCUGAGCCCCCUCGCAAGAAAGACUGGGUCUUCUGAGGAGGCCAAGUCUGCAUCUACAAUGCCCACAUACAGUGGACCCAUGGCCAGCCCUGGACCUCUGCCGACUAAGAAGGGCAGCCAGCCGCAGAUGAAGAAGUCGAACCCGUCCUUCACCUUGAACCUCCAGAAAACCAUAACCAGCCAGAGUUCAGUGCUGGAAACAUCCAGUUACAUCAGCCCAGUCAAAUCGCCCAGCCAGUACUUUCAGAUUUGUUACUGACACAGACUGACAUUCCCAACUCCUCUUGAAAGGUUUUUACAAAGUUAAUAUUGAAUAAAAAUGUAAAGCAAAAAAUUUAAAAACUGUAAGGAUUUUUAUGGAGAUCUACGUGAAACUGCGCCCAAAAAACACCUCACCAAGUCACUUAAAGUUGCUGAUAUGGACUUAUCUGUGGCUAACACAUCUGACUACGUCAAAUAUUGUGUUUUAUGUUUAUUUAUUUUGAGAAUAGCGAACACUUGUCUGCAUUUUUAGUUUUGCUGCUUACCACAGCGUAGCUGUAGUUGUAUUAGUCGCAUGCUAAAACCUGUGCAUUGUUUUCCUGAAACUGCUGCCUUUUCUGUUAAAGCUCUGUCAUUCUGCAUAAGAUCUUGUCACUUUGUUCAAGCAAGAGAAUGUACAUGACAAAACAGUUUAAUGUCAGGGAGACUGACUCACUUGUGUGCACUGAUUUCUUUUGUGUAUUUGAUGUUUGAUGUUAGUUUCCAUCCCACCUCAAAAUGUCCGUUCUUUUUCAGGGGAGACAAUAAAAAGCUGAUGUCUAAAUAA